GCCGUUUACGUUCGUGUGUGAGAUGUGUGUGUACGUUGGUCUCUUGUAGCGUAACGUUAGCCUUAAAAGGGACGGACCGUCGGAGCGGCUGCUACCAAUUUGUUGUGUUUUAAAGUAUGAACAAAGGGGUUUUUACAGCAGCUCGGGGGAAGAGACCAGUGGUUCCCGACAAAGUGGACAUGUCCUUAGAUGACAUCAUUCGGUUGAACAAAAAAGAACAACAGUUAAAAAGGAGACAGGCCCCCGUGAACCGUCGACCAGUCAAGAGGACGGGCCGUUUCCCCCAAGCGAGGGGAGUCUCGUCAAGAUCCGUUGGACCAGUCCAGAGAGUCGCAGGUGGCCCGCCAGGAGGUGGCGUUCCUCGAGGAGCAGCACCUAAAUUAAGAGUCCGAAGAGUCCCUCCCCCACCUGGGCGACGACGGGGUCAAGGGGUCAUCACGGGACUGGCGGCGAGGCGGCCCGCUGUCCUCCUGAAACGACUCGGGACAAUUAACAGAGCAGCGGCCGGCCAGAAAACGAGACCGAAAACAAAGCCGUUCAUUCAGCGCACCGAGGCUCCGUACAGGAAGCAAGAGGCACAGCGGCGGCCCUUCAGGCAGCCGGAUCCUCCGAAUGGUCACAACGCCACAUCGGUCAGGAGACCAUUCCAGCUGCGACGGCGGCCAAUACCGCCAGGCCAGCAGACUCGGAGGGAAGCGCGCCAGGCAAUAUUUCUUUUUCACAGAGGACUCAAGGUACAGGCACAGGUGCAAAAGUCUAAUCCUCACAGUCCUCCAGUCCCAACUCGGCAGUGGCGCUCAUCAGCAACCAGUGAGGGGAUCUUGACAGUUUCCAUUGACAACCCCACGGCCAGGACUCAGCCUGAGCCGCCUUCUGCUUGGACCCUGCAUCCUCCAGCUGCCGUCGCCGCGCCGGUGAAGAUGGAAGUGGUGGAGAAGAAAAUCCCAAAAGGAGUGCCGCUGCAAUUUGACAUCAACAGUGUUGGGAAACCGCAAACGUCAAUCACUCUAAAUGAGAGAUUUCGCGUCCUAAAAGAUCAGCGCGCCACCACAGCACAAAGCAGCAAGGGCAGCCGGUUUGUCACCGUUGGAUAGCCGGCAAGAAAACCCAGACGAGUACUACUCAGAGGCCCGUUUGUCCUGCCCCGGGCCACACAGUGAACCCCACCUUUCUGAUGGCAUUGUGCUGACCCUCUGACUGUACUUAUGGGAGGAUAACAGCAGGGCACCAGCACAACAUGCACAACUAUAAGAAGUGUGUCAAUGGAAGACUUUUACCAGUCCUUAUUCACUUCCACGUUAUUUACUCCGUUUGUAUCGUGGACGUCUUUUACUGUGCAAGGCCCCCCCUCCACCCCACCCAGGACGUGGAACUGUUGAUGCAUCAUGAAGACUGCUCAAAAGUAUUCUAUUUCAGAGAGGAACGCUAUGCGUUCGUUUUGGGUGGCGCCUAUGGUUUAAAAACAUAGGAUUUUUUUUUUUUAAUGUUUGUUCAAUAAAUGAGUUUCUCCUUUUUAAAGCUUCAGUUUUUAGCUUGACGCCAAAGUCUCUUGUCAAUCAAAUUUUCUGCCUUUUUCUUUUGGGACGCACUAAAACCUUAUCACUGACUGGCUAAAUGAAGGGUGGGGAUUGAGUGCUUUCAUGAGGACAAUUCAAGCUUCCGGAAGUUGGCAAUAUUGUGUACACAACUUGAUUUAAAAAAAAAAAAAAUCAUUUUGGAAUCUGGAUAUUGCUUUUAUUUAAAUACAUUAAAAUUUGCAAUGUAACAAAACUAUUGGCAUAUGAAAUUCAAACACCAUUUAAUGAACAAACAUGGCUCACUUCAUUUUUCUGAGACUAGUGUCAGUAACACUAGGUUAUUUUUCUCUGCUCCGCAUCAUUUCGCCCCAUUUACUGUUCACAGACUAUCUUACAAUAAGAGUGCUGAAUAAAAAUGAGGUAAGAAAGUGGUUUGAAGAUUACAGAUCAUGCAGAACAGCAACAAAAUAUUGUGAAGGAAGUAACAAAAGAAAAAAAUACAUGUGUGCAUUUAAAAAUGAUCAAUUUACACAGCUUUGCAUCUUUGGUUACAAAGUAGGUUGAGUGAUUUCACAGCUUUUUCUUCCCAAUUCCCCCUCAGGAAUAAUAGUGGGAGAAAAAAAGGGAGGUGAUGGCAAUACUAAUUCACUUUUAGGUAAAAACUACCAACAGAAUUUAAUCUUCAUCAAAUAAAUUCUGUAGGCUCACAUUAAGAUUUGAUGACAGGCGACGUGUCGCCCAUCAAGGCUCUUAAUACUUUAUAU